AUGGAGGAGAAGAAGAGUAGGAAAGGAAAUUCUCCAGGGCGAAUGGACAAGGUAGAGAGCGCGGGUAAAGAGAGGAAGAACGAAGCAGGGGAUGUUAGGAAGAGAUUAGUGGAGUUAGAAGGGAAGCACCCGAGCAUCAAGUUCACCAUGGAAAUUGAGCAGAACGGAUGCCUCCCAUUUCUGGAUGUCUUGGUUCGUCGCAAUAAGGAUGGCACUAUGGGUCAUCAUGUAUAUCGCAAGCCGACCCACACAGAAAGGUACCUCGAUGCCGCCUCCCAUCACCACCCCUCCCAGAAGAACUCUGUCAUUAGUUCCCUAAUGUACAGAGCUCGUACAAUCUCCCAACCGUCCAAAGUCAACAGCGAAGUUGAACAUCUAGAGACAGCUCUGACCAAGAAUGGAUAUAUCAUCCAAUAA